AUGGGUGUGGAUUACUACAAGCUUUUGCAGGUUGACAAGAACGCCACAGAUGACGAUUUGAAGAAAGCUUACAGAAAGCUGGCCAUGAAAUGGCACCCUGAUAAGAACCCCACCAACAAGAAAGAAGCUGAAGCGAAAUUCAAACAGAUCUCUGAGGCCUAUGAGGUUCUGAGUGAUCCCCAGAAAAGAGCAAUUUAUGAUCAAUAUGGAGAAGAAGGCCUAAAAGGCCAGGUGCCGCCACCAGAUGCUGGUGGUCCUGGUGGAGCUACCUACUUCCAAACUGGGGAUGGUCCAAAUGUCUUUAGAUUCAACCCCAGAAAUGCCGACGACAUUUUCGCUGAGAUUUUCGGGUUCUCAAGCCCCAUGGGUGGAAUGGGAGGUGGAAUGGGAGGUGGAGGUGGUGCUGGUAGUGGCAUGAGGGGUACAAGGUCCUUUGGUGGACUGUUUGGAGAUGAUAUGUUUAGCUCAUUCGGAGAAGGCCGGCCCAUGACUCAGGCUCCACGAAAAGCUUCACCGAUAGAGAAGAGGUUGCCAUGUAGCCUUGAGGAGCUCUAUAGGGGGACUACCAAGAAGAUGAAAAUAUCAAGGGAAAUUGCGGAUGCAAGUGGGAAGACCUUGCCAGUGGAGGAAAUCCUAACCAUAGAAAUCAAGCCUGGCUGGAAAAAGGGAACAAAAAUCACCUUCCCAGAGAAAGGGAAUGAGCAAGGAAACGUAAUUCCUGCAGAUCUUGUGUUCAUAAUUGAUGAGAAACCACACAGCACAUUCACAAGGGAUGGCAACGACCUUGUUGUCACACAGAAGAUCUCCCUAGCAGAAGCUCUCACGGGCUACACAGUCCAUCUGACCACGCUAGAUGGAAGGACCCUUACCAUCCCCAUCAACAAUGUCAUUCAUCCAGACUAUGAGGAGGUUGUCCCUAAAGAGGGUAUGCCCACACCUAAAGACCCAUCCAAGAAGGGCAACCUUAGAAUCAAAUUCAAUAUCAAGUUUCCGACUAGGUUGAAUUCUGAACAGAAGGCUGGAAUUAAGAAACUUUUGGCGGGAUGA